AGAUCCAAAAUGGAGGCGGUUGCAGCGACACAGCAGUAAAACCGAGCAGCGAGUGAAUGAAGUCAGCUGAUCACCGUCUGCUGUCACGCAUCGCAGCACCUCUCAUUUCUCUCGAGGCAAGACACUUAACCGCAGAUUCACACACAGAAGUCAGACCAAGCCUGCAACGAUGGACAUGUCCAAGCUGCCCAAGAUCCGGGAUGAAGAGAGGGAGAGCCAGUUUGGAUACGUUCAUGGAGUCUCCGGACCAGUGGUGACAGCCACAGCCAUGGCGGGAGCAGCCAUGUACGAGCUGGUGCGUGUGGGCCACAGCGAGCUGGUGGGAGAGAUUAUCAGGUUGGAGGGAGACAUGGCCACCAUCCAGGUCUACGAGGAGACGUCUGGUGUAUCUGUGGGAGAUCCUGUGCUGCGUACAGGGAAGCCUCUCUCUGUUGAGCUGGGCCCUGGAAUCAUGGGGUCCAUUUUUGAUGGUAUCCAGCGCCCCCUAAAGGACAUCAAUGACCUAACACAAAGCAUCUACAUCCCCCGAGGUGUCAACAUUGGAGCCCUCAACCGAGACCUCAAAUGGGAAUUUUCUCCCAGUAAAAGCCUGCGGGCUGGCAGUCACAUCACAGGGGGAGACAUCUAUGGGCUUGUGUUUGAGAAUUCCCUCAUCAAGCAUAAGAUCAUGCUGCCUCCACGAAACAGAGGCACCGUAACCUACGUAGCCCCACCUGGAAACUACGACAUCAGUGAUGUGGUGAUGGAGCUGGAAUUUGAGGGGGUGAAGGAGAAGUUCACCAUGGUGCAGGUGUGGCCUGUCAGACAAGUGAGGCCCGUCACAGAAAAACUGCCUGCCAAUCACCCACUGUUGACUGGACAGAGAGUACUGGACGCCCUCUUUCCUUGUGUGCAAGGAGGAACCACAGCCAUUCCAGGAGCCUUUGGCUGCGGGAAGACUGUCAUCUCCCAGUCCCUUUCCAAAUACUCCAACAGCGACGUGAUCAUCUACGUAGGCUGCGGGGAGCGUGGAAACGAGAUGUCAGAAGUACUGCGAGACUUCCCUGAGCUGACCAUGGAGGUGGACGGGAAAACGGAGAGCAUCAUGAAGAGAACCGCGCUGGUAGCGAACACCUCCAACAUGCCCGUGGCUGCCAGAGAAGCCUCCAUCUACACAGGAAUCACGCUGUCUGAGUACUUCAGAGACAUGGGAUACAAUGUGAGCAUGAUGGCCGACUCCACCUCCCGUUGGGCUGAAGCUCUCAGGGAGAUUUCUGGCCGUCUGGCUGAGAUGCCCGCUGACAGUGGUUAUCCUGCCUACCUUGGUGCCCGUCUCGCCUCCUUCUAUGAGCGUGCUGGAAGGGUGAAGUGUCUGGGCAACCCUGAGAGAGAGGGCAGCGUCAGUAUUGUGGGAGCUGUGUCGCCCCCUGGUGGUGACUUCUCUGACCCGGUCACUUCAGCCACCCUUGGUAUUGUACAGGUGUUCUGGGGUCUCGAUAAGAAGCUGGCUCAGAGGAAGCACUUCCCCUCUGUGAACUGGUUGAUCAGCUACAGCAAGUACACUCGUGCUCUGGAUGAGUACUAUGACAAGCACUUCCCAGAGUUUGUGCCCCUGCGCACCAAAGCCAAGGAGAUCCUGCAGGAGGAGGAGGACCUGGCAGAGAUCGUGCAGCUCGUCGGAAAGGCAUCGCUGGCAGAAACGGAUAAGAUCACCUUGGAGGUUGCAAAGCUGAUCAAGGAUGACUUCCUACAGCAGAACGGUUACACACCCUAUGACAGAUUCUGCCCCUUCUACAAGACGGUUGGCAUUUUGUCCAACAUGAUAGCCUUCUAUGACAUGGCACGGCACGCAGUAGAGACCACAGCUCAGAGCGACAGCAAAAUCACCUGGGCCAUGAUCAGGGAGCACCUGGGAGAAAUCCUCUACAGGAUCAGCUCUAUGAAGUUUAAGGACCCGGUGAAGGACGGAGAGGCGAAGAUCAAGGCCGAGUACGCCCAGCUGUUGGAGGACAUGCAGAACUCCUUCCGCACCUUGGAGGAAUAGACUUCCACCGCUCACCUUUCCACUCUCAUCUCUGACCCCCUCCACUGCAGAAUCACAUUCCACCACCUGAUAUUCCCAAAUCCUGUGCUCCACCGUGCCCCCUUGUGAGUGUGUAUGUGCGAGUGUGUGUGUCUGUGCAAUUCCAUGUGGAGGGAAAAGAGCAAGAUGUACUGUAUUCAUGAUUAUUUGUUGCCUCACAUAGGUUUACUCUGGAUCCUCUGCGUGGUCAUCACUCUGAGGGUGUGUGUGUGUGCGUGUGUGCGUGUGUGUAUGUGUGUGUGAUUAUGUAUGUAUGAAAGAGAGAACUCUUCGCCCUGUUUUUCUUGCUCUGUUUACAUGAUUUCUGUCUGUAGCCGUGUCGGGUCUUCCCUGAAGACUUCAGUUGAUGUAAUUGUCAUUCAUAGUCCAUUUGUACAGAAGAGUAUUAAAGAUAAAUUUAAUAAGAUCAGUCUAUUUAUUGCCAGUGUUUUGAUGUGAACGCUUUGUGGUUCUUUCUUUUGUUUUAUGAUCGUUUCCAGCUGUGCAGUGCUGUGUAUUUGCUGUGUGAAUGUGUAAAGAGUCGGACUCCGACACCAAACUGUCCAAUAAUUACAUGAUGUUACUUUCAAAGAAUUAAAACGUGGGAGAAAAAAAACCAAAUCAUGA